UGUUGACUGGUAACUAAGCCCAGAGAAACACCAUCUCCGCAAAACCAUAGAGGCCUACCUAACUAUAACAACUUUUCGUGGUAUUUUCCUCCCUGUAGAGAGAGGGUUUCUAUAGUGACGCCUCGUGUUGCUUAUGUGACGGUUCCUGCUCGUCUGCAGAGAGCCAAUGAGCGUUGGCAGAAAGGUGUCUGGUUACUCCCAGUCAGCCCGGGCGAACAGUCAGGAGAGAGUGCCUUUCGGAGGAUAAUGGUAACUGUUCGUCAAACGAGAGAGGCAGAAACUGCUCUCUCCCCGCUUUAGUAAGAGUUUUGUUUUUACCCUAUUUUAGCUUUUCUCUAUUUUGCCCUGUUUUGGUUACAUGGAGUACCGUGGAGUUCUUCGAAACUGGAAUUGAUGGAAAACCGAGUGGUCGAGGAGUAGUAGGCGCUUGCGAAAGAAACCUGUUGCCAUUUCAGCAAUCCUGCCCUCCUAUUUCAGAUGUUUCACUGUGGAUGUGAUGCUGUGCCUACUUGCCUGUUGGCACUUUUCUAGUUGGAGCACCUGAUAUUACCUUGUUUUGAUAACUUCCAGGGAGGAUGCACGUGUCGCUGGCGGAGGCGCUGGAGGUUCGAGGAGGCCCUCUGGAGGAGGAGGAGGUGUGGGCCUUACUCAGCCAGAGCGCAGAGAGCCUGCAGGAGCUGCUCAGGAGAGAUCCCUCAGCUCUGGGCUUCAUCAUCUCGCCAUGGUCGCUGCUGCUCAUGCCUUCCGGAAACAUCUCCUUCACAGACGAGAACGUGGCGCAGCAGGACCUGAGGGCCUUCACUGCCCCCGAGGUCCUCGAAGGGCUAAAUCUGGCCUCUGUGUCUGACAUUGAGAAGAUGCACAUGUACUCUCUUGGCAUGACCCUGUUCUGGGGAGCAGACUAUGAGAUCCCACAGAGUCAGCCCAUGAAGCUAAGUGAGCGCCUCAACACGCUGCUACUGAGCAUGUGCGAGGACUCGACGUUGACGCGCAUGUCGGUGCGGACGGCUCUGGACGCGUGCAGCGCUCACAUCCGCAGCUCCAGUGCCGAGCCCUCCUUCGCCUACGUCCGGAGACUGGUGCGCCUCGUGCUGGGCAGCCUCUCGCAGCUGGACGGUCUGUUGUCUCAGUCCGAGAGGGAGUCUCUGCCGGAGAGGAGUAAAGAGAUUCGCGAGCGCUUGCGAGGCAAAGGCCUUCCCGCAGGUCGGAGUGCAGCCCAUCGCGUGCUAGAGCGCUACCGAGCACGCUCCCAGGACCAACAGCAGCAACACCCCUCGUCCUCCUCCACCUCCUCCAUCACGGGGGGAGGCCUCAACCGCGGCCUCAGCCGAUCCAUGAGCUCGCUGCCCAUCCAAGACAUGCUGCGGGGGGACGACAGCGCACUCCACUACCCCUCCUCCUCCGAGUUCCACCACCCGGGCUCGGAGUCGUCCUCGGAGCUCUACCCCCAGCUCCAGGCCCUCCAGGCCCAACAGCAGCUGCAGCAGCAGGCGGCGGCACGCGGGCGGGUGUCAGACCCCGGCAGGAGACCCCCGUCGAACCGCAGCAGCAGUGGAGGUGGUGGCGACUUGUUGCAGCAGCGUCGUAAGCACUGGGCGUCGGCGGUGGACCUAGCGUGUCUAGACCCCGAGGUGCUGCACUGGGGCGAGCUGGAGGAGGCGCGGCGGGGGAGCAGCGCCCUGAGCACACGCUCCGCCGGCCGCCAGCGCGUCUCCUCGCGCCCCCCUCUCCAGCUCUCCCACCACAAGGACGCUGGACGCCACUCGGACUUUGGCCUGCAGCCGACGAGGCCGCACCACAUGUCGGCCAUGUCGGUCAGCUCGGCCCUCAACAGCGCCUACGAGAGGAUACGCGAGAGGCAGAGGAAACUGCACGCCCUGCAGCAGGCCAUCGACGAUCCGCUGCACAGCCACAGGAGAUACCACAGUGAUUACAGUUCAUCCAGCGAAAGCCCCUCGGUGACGUCGUCUGAUCCAGAGUACAGACAAGCCAAGAAGCCAGAUGAGGGGAGAAGGAGCAGCUCGCAGGUGGCCCUGUCAGAGCCCGACGGCAUGUCGCUCAGCAGACAGAGGCUGCUAGAUGGCGCUGUGGAGGACGAGCAGCAGCUCCACAGGCUCCAGGCCCGCCUCUCCCACGGCAGCAUCCACCCCAGUGAGGAUGGCCACCGCCGCACCAGCUACUAUCCCUCGGACGAGCUGCGCACCUCCAUGGUGGACCUGCGGGAGCCGCGCCGAAGCAGCCCUCUGGACGGGCCUAUUACCCACCGCAAACCCAAGAAUUUCUAUGGGCCUGAGUUUGUGAAGAUGGCCAGUGAGCCCUGUGUUGUGUUGAGCGUCCCCUCGUCCAUCAUGAACAAGCGUGGGAAGGCGGAGGAGAGCCAGCGGAAGGUGGGGGUGGUGCUGCUGAACGGCCAGCGGCUGGAGCUGAGCAGCGACGUGAAGGCCGUGUGCAAGGACGUGCUGGACAUGGUGGUGGCGCAUGUGGGGCUAGUGGAACACCACCUGUUUGGCCUGGCCAGCCUCAAAGACGAUGAGUUUUUCUUCAUCGACCCCGAUGCCAAAUUGACCAAAGUCGCUCCCGACGGCUGGAAAGAGGAUCCCAAGAAGAAGAAAACAGACGUCAACUUCAGCCUGUUCCUCCGCAUCAAGUUCUUCCUCGACGAUGUGAACUUCAUUCAACACAUGAUGACCAAACACCAGUACUACUUGCAGCUGCGCAAGGAUAUCUUGGAGGAGCGGAUGCGAUGUGACUUGGAGAGCGCGAUGCUCCUGGCUUCCCUUGCCCUGCAGGCAGAGUUUGGCGACUACCAGCCGGAGCUUCAUGGGAAGACGUAUUUCAGGACGGAGCACUACCUGCCCGCCUCGGUCAUGGACAAGCUGGACCAGACGUCCCUAAAAGAGGAUCUGCCCAAACUGCACAGCUCCUACUACGGAGUCACAGAGGAGGAGGCCGAGUUUGAGUUCCUAAAGGUGUGCCAACGACUGACGGAGUACGGCGUCCACUUCCACCGCGUGCUGCCAGAGAAGAGGUCUCAGACGGGUAUCAUGCUGGGCGUCUUCUCCAAAGGGGUGCUCAUCUUCGAGGUCCUGAACGGAAACCGGACGCCCGUGCUGAGGUUCCCCUGGAGAGAAACCAAGAAAAUCUCUUUCAUUAAGAAGAAGAUCUCUCUCCAGAACACUUCGGACGGCAUCAAACACCUGUUCCAGACGGACAGCCAGAAGACCUGCCAGUACCUGCUGAACCUCUGCUCAGCACAGCACAAGUUCCACCUGCACAUGAAGGCCAGGCAGAGCAACCAGGAGACCAAGGACCUGGAGAACUGCCCGCUGACUAGCCUGCAGUACUCCUCAGGUCCCGAGGCCAUGGGCAGGGCGGUGAGCUCCCUCAGCCUGGUCCACAACGCCCGCCCCGAGAGCGAGCACCUCAAGCGCAUGUCCGUCUCCGAGGCCGCCCUCAACAAGCACCACGUCAUCAGUCGCCUCUCCAUCGCCCCCGGCGGUGGAGGAGGCGACCCCAUCUUCCCCGGCUACGUGCCCAGUGCCAACUCCACCGCUGCCAACCAACGCCACCUCCUCAGCCGCUCGCACCACAACCUGGGCCAGCUGCCGGAGUCUCCGGAGCAUCGCGCAGCUGGGCUGGCGUACAGCAGCCAAUCCCAGAGCGGCGGCACAGUACGCUCCACGGCUUCAGUCGCCGCCGCGUCGCAGCUGCCCUCUCACCAGCGAGCGUGCUCCGACACGGACUCCAUCACGGUCAGCCGACAGCAGGACACUUCCUUCAGCUCUCUGGCCCACAGUAGCGCCCAAUGGGGCCCGGACAAGUUCAAGAAGGAGUCGGACUCCUCGUCAUGCGAGGAGACAGCCAACGCCUAUGUCGUAGGUGUUAGCAUGCACAGCUCAGGACUGCCCUCCACCCCUGCCACUCUCUCAGUCAAUGACUCUCUGAAGAAGAAGCUGAAUGCCUUACCCUCCCCUGAGAGGGAGAUUAUGACCGUUCAUCUGAAAAAGGAUGCCAAGUAUGGCUUCGGUUUCCAGAUCGUAGGUGGGGAGAAUUCAGGGCGGCUGGAUCUGGGGACUCUGGUCAGCUCCAUUACCCCUGGAGGUCCAGCUGACAUCAACGGCUGCCUGAAGCCUGGAGAUCGACUGCUGUCGGUAAAUGACAUCGACCUGGAUGGACUGCCCCACGAGGCUGCUGUGGAGAUCCUUCAGAACACCUCUGAUGACGUCACACUGGUGGUCUCUCAGCCCAAAGAGAGGCUGUUUGAAGGCUCCCCCACCAGCUUCCCCCACUACAUCUCCAAGCCCCCCGGAGGCCCAUCUGCCCAGAGGAAGACAGCCGAUUUGGAGUCAUCCUCCGAGGACAACGCGGGGUCCCCUAGCCCUCCUCCUCCAGCAUCCACCACCACCACCACCAUCACCGAUGCCUUGUCCGAAUCCCCGCUGGACAGACGUCGCCGGGACAUUCUCAACUCGUCCCAGAGGUCACACAUGGACGUGACCAGCCUUCCCCAGGCCCAGCUGAACGGCUUCCACCGCAGCCCGCCGCCUCCAGAGAGUCCCCCCAUCAUGGCUCUGCAGAGCGCUGGAGGACAGGACAGCAUCGUCACCCCGCCUGCCCUGCCACCCAAGACCAGGAAGGCUCAGAAGGUGGUGGUGGAGGCACCUAAAGAGCCCCAAGAGUACUCGGACAGGGGAGACUCGGACAUGGACGACGAAGUGGAUGGUAGACUGGAGAAAAGGACAGCUAAAAAGGAGCUUUCUCCUCCCCCCAGCUGCAACAUGGCAAACUUAAGUGGUAAUGCCCCAGGGGUCAGUAGUCUCCGUCCUGGAGAUCUAUUUGACGUUGAGCUGUCCAAGCUGGACAGCAGCCUGGGCAUUAGUGUGACGGUACUGUUCGGAAAGGGUGGCUCAAACACAACGGUGAAGCAUGGAGGGAUCUAUGUCAAGGCCAUCAUUCCCAAAGGUGCAGCUGAGCUGGAUGGCAGAAUUAGAAAAGGGGACCGGGUGGUUGCUGUGAAUGGGAAAAGCCUGGAAGGAGCUACGCACAAACAGGCCGUGGAGGUCCUUCGAGACACUGGACAGGUUGUCCAUCUGCUGCUAGAGAAAGGCCAUCCUCCUGCCGACAGCGUCCACGCUCCUCUCACCCCCCAGACCACACCAGACGUGCCCCCAGAGAAACCCAGGAUGCCCCAUAGAUCCUCCCACGACUACCACUUUGUGACCGAUGACAAUGUGUUGGAGGUGGGCCUGGUAAAGAACUCGUCUGGCCUGGGCUUCAGCUUCAGCCGGGAGGAGAAUGUUCCGGGUGAGCCGGCACCCACCAGCAUGGUGCGGGUCAAGAAGCUGUUUCCGGGGCAACCGGCCGCCGAGAGCGGCCAGAUCGAAGUGGGGGACGUCAUCCUGCGCGUCAACCAGACCUCCCUCAAGGGCCUGUCACAACAUGAAGUAAUAUCGGCUCUGAGGGGAGCUGGACAGGACGUCACUCUGCUGCUCUGUAGGCCAAGCAAAGGAGUCCUGCCAGAGAUGGAUUCCUCUUUAGUGACACCCAAGGUCUCCCCUCGCAAAGAGUACCACCACUCCCAGCACCUGGAGCCGCCCGCCAGGACCCCCUCCAGGACGAUGUCUCCCGACGGGGGGGACAGCCAGGCGACCACCACCAGCCUGGGCCUGGUAGAGGAAGCCCUGGAGAGGCUGCUGAUGAAGUCGCCCAGCCGGCGAGACAGCUACAGCGACAGCACCGACGAGGACGAGGACGGGGAGGUGGAGGAGGCCUUCAGCCCCGUCAUGGAGCUCCACAGCAGCCAGUCCUGGGACCGCAGCGUCUACCAGACCCCAGGAAAUAUGACGUCCAUGGGGAGGCAUGGACCAUAUGACACCCCCUGUGAGCUGGACGAUACAUUCCGAUCUGCCUACUACUCACCCAGCCAGUCUAUGUUAAGGAGACGGUCGUCGUCGUCCCCAGUGCCAGUGGAGCUGGACUCCACUCUGCAGCCCAUGCUGUCCUCUUCAGUCAGCCCAGACAGGGCGGACCUCAGCCCCAGCCCGGACCCCCUGCCUCCCCCCCUGCCCAUCCCCAACACCCUCGACCUCCACAACAACCAGGACGUGGAGGAAUUUGUGCCAGAGGUAGAGCUGAAAGUCUCCCUGGUCAAGUCGGACAAGGGAAGUUUGGGAUUUACCCUGACCAAGGGAAAUGACCUCAGCUGCUACAUCCACGACAUCGUCCAGGAUCCGGCCAAAGGAGACGGGCGACUGCGUCCGGGAGAUCGCAUGAUAAUGGUGAACAACACGGACGUGUCCAGCAUGGGCCACACGGAGGUGGUUAACCUGGUGCGCGCCGCCCCCCGCGUGGUGGACCUGGUGGUGGGGAGGGUGCUGGAGGCUCCUAAACCCGCGUUUGAGGCCCACCUCCUGCCCGACAUCACCUACCAGUGCCAGGAAGACUCUCUGGGUCUGGUCUUGGAGGGAGGCAGCGACAGCCUGCACGGCCUGCUGUAUGUGAAGGAGGUGGUGCCGGGCUCGGUGGCGGCAGGGGAGGGGAGCAUGAAGCCUCUGGACCUCAUCCACUUCAUCAACGGGGCGCCGACCCACUCGCUCACCCUCAGCGAGAGCCGUAGGCUGGUGGAGCUGUCGCUAAGGAACCUCACCCUCAAGGCCACCAGAGACGGACAGCCUGUGACACCACGGCAAAGGAGUGUCUCAUACCUGAACAAUAACCUGACCUCUAAAAAUAACACGCCGCACAGUAUGAAUGGUUAUCUCCAUGGUGAGCGUAAUGAGCUGGAAGCCCUUUCAAGUAUCUGCCCAUCUGAGGAGCAGCUCAUACGAAUGGACCUGGAGAAGCCCACGUCUGGUGGACUAGGCUUCUCCGUGAUUGGUGGAGAGAGAGGCAUAUUCGUCAAGUCCAUCACACCUGGAGGAGUGGCCCACACCUCAGGGAUGCUGCAAGUGGGAGACAGGCUGCUGAAAGUAAACGAUGACCUGAUGACGGGUGUGUCCCACUCUAAGGCGGUGGCCACCAUUAGGAAGGCCAAAGGUGUAGUGCACCUGAUCGUCUCCAGACCUCCAGAUCAGACCCCAGGCACUUACCUGGGCUUCCUGCCCCUCAACUCAGACAAGUGCAAUGGAAACACAGAUGUCAGUGAGGACAGUGGGGUGCGGACCAAAGUGCACAGUCCAGCGGAUGGCCAGAAGUCCAGCAGUGAAAAAGGCCCACCUGCCAUUCCACCCAUAGACUAUGACUUGGAAUCAAAGGAGAACAGAACAGACGGCACUGUGGACCUGUCAGAGGACACAGACUGUGAUGGUUCCUCUCUACCUGAAGAUUCGCCUGAGUCUUCCAGGAGAGCAGAUUGGAAUGAAGAAUGUGUAGACAGCCCAAUGAAUGAGCGGUUGGCGAUCCUCAGCUACCCGCAGACAAGUGAUGGUCAGUUAGAGGAGGAUGAGAUCACUUGGGGUAGUGAUGAGCUGCCUAUCGAGAAUAUCAACCCCAAGUUCACAGAAGAUGGGCUGAUCGUGAGUGAAGAGCAGCUGACGUCUCUGCCCCUGGUGAAGGUCAUCCCUGAUGGCCAGUACACGGGGCCCAAGCUCAACACUGUGGUCCGCAUGAUGAGGGGCCUGCUGGAACAGAAGGUGCCCUUGCAGGAGUUCGAGAAUUUGCAGAACCUGCAGCCUCUUGAUGAUUGCUUGAUCGGACAGACGCAAGAAAACAAAAAGAAAAACCGUUACAAAAAUAUAGUACCUUUUGACACCACUAGAGUUCUCCUCGGCAAAGAGGGUGGGUACAUAAAUGCCAACUUCAUCAAGAUGCCAGUGAAGGACGAAUGCUUCAUGUACAUCGCGUGCCAAGGACCCUUGCCCACGACACUGGGCGACUUUUGGCAAAUGGUCUGGGAGCAGAAGUCCAAUGUCAUCGCCAUGAUGACGCAGGAGGUGGAGAGCGGGAAAGUGAAGUGCCAGAGGUACUGGCCAGACACGCUCAAGUCUGCCGAGAUGGUGGACGACAGGCUGCAGAUCACACUGGUGAAAGAUCAGCACCUGGACAACUUCGUCAUUCGUCUGAUUGAAGUUAAAGAUACUCAGACUGACGAGGUCCAGCACGUCACACACCUAAACUACACUGGCUGGCCCGACCAUGGCACGCCCACUCAGCCCGAGCAGCUGCUCACUUUCAUCUCCUACAUGAGACACAUCCACCAAUCAGGACCCAUCAUCACCCACUGCAGCGCAGGGAUUGGUCGAUCCGGGACACUAAUCUGCAUAGACGUGGUCCUGGGCCUCAUCAGCAAAGAUGCAGAUUUUGAUAUUUCAGAUGUGGUGCGGACCAUGAGGCUUCAGAGACAUGGAAUGGUCCAAACAGAGGAACAAUACAUAUUCUGCUAUCAGGUGAUUUUAUAUGUGCUCAGAUGUCUUCAAGCAGAGGAGAACAUCUCAGGAUAGAUGGACCAAUGGACUCGGAGCAUGCUGGAGCUCUUUUAUUAGACUGUUACAGUGAGCAUUUUUGAACAUUUUAAGCUUUCACUUUAAUAUGGAGACCAACUUCUGUGUACAGAGACUCAACAAAUGUCAGAACAAAUGCAUAGAUUUUCUUAUAAACAUUCACUUCCGGGAACAUUCCUGAAGAUUGUGUAUAUUUUUGGCUUCUACUCUCUCUUUGGCUGCUACAUAUUUUAAAAGACACAAUAAAACAUUGAUUUUUUUAUGUUACCUUUUUUGGUAAAAGACUGUGCUUUAUAUGGACUUCAUAAUUACAAAAUGCCAUUGAAGUAAGAAAUUGAUAUUUUGUAUGGAACAAAUCAUUCUUGUUCUUUUUAAAAACUAAAUAAUGCUGGAAGUUUCCUUGACAGAAUACAACAGUAUUUGCUUUGUAAAUCUCAAUAUCAAUCACUUUGAAUUCUGUGGUAAAUAAUCACAUUUAAGUGUACAUAUUUAUCUCUUAAAAUUUGUUGAUAUGUUUUAAAAUGUUACAUACUGGACAAUUUGCAAUUUGUAAAUAAAAGAGUAUCAUGCCUUUU